CUUUUAACCUAAGAAUAAGACUCUACAUCGUAGACUCACGAUCUAAUAAGACUUAUACCCAAUUAACCUAAUAUACCCAUCUCUUGUGAUACCCCAACCUCGCUCUCCUCUAUACAUUGCGCCACCAGUCAAAUACCUACGAUAUAACAACACCAAAAAAGCAUAUUAAUAUCGAGAUACACCGAUUGGAUUUGGCACAACUAUGGCGAGCGUUAACAGACCGACCGACAUUAAACAGAAGGAGGCCGACGUGAAUCGCAAGCUUCAGAUUUACGGCAUUAUCAAUGCAUUCCAGAUCGGCAAAGUGCCAUCUAAUGAGCAAAUCGAUGUCGCCCUAAACAGCUUCCUCGAAUCGAGAGCACUAGCGAACCCUUCCAAGAAACUCUCAUCCGAGGGCCGAGAGCUAGUAGCAGAUUUUAAAGAGGUCGUGACCCAGGCGAAGAAGCUAUUAUUAUCCAAGAAUGAAGGAAACCUACUACAAGACUUCAUCUGGCAGACCCAACAAUUUGACCCCAACGCUGUGAGCGCACCGGAUGCUCCCAUCGACAAGGCGACUGCGAAACAACAUGGCGACCAAGCUCUUGAGGGGCUUCGGACUUUAGGAACUUUAAUUAUCACCAAUGGCCAGUUCCGUAAGCUUCUAAACGAUGCCACCAUACUCCUACGCGACAUCGCUGGCGAUGCUGCUAGCAAUGCUGCGGGCAAGGUGCGACCUACGGGUGAAGACCUCGCCCAAAUCGACCACCCUGCCGAGGACAACACUUGGCACGAGACUCCAGAUUUCUCCAAGGAUAAUGUAAAGUCUCAGUUGCGUAGCGUUUACAAGAGCGACCCAGCACAGGACGCUAAGGGUGUCGCGGCCUCCGGAGCCCAGGCUGUUCGUCAGUCGGAUGGUUCAGCAGGUGACCGUAUCAACGCUGCCCAGAGUGCCACGAGCAAAGCGGCAGAACAGGUGAAGGGCAAUGUCGAUCCUGAGACUAAAGAAUCCACAAAACAAACUGCCCAGGAGUACCGCGCCCGUACCAGACAGUAUCUAUCUAAAAAGAUGCCAGAGGAGCGCCGUGAUCAGACCAUCUGGCGCUUGAAGAAGAUGGUGGUUGAAUGCCAGCAGCACCCCGAUUACCAACAGGCUGUUACUACAUUGCUCAAUUUGGCCGAGCAAUAUGGCUCCCAUGGUAGAUCUCUCGCUACCGGCGGCACCAACACGGUUAAAGAGACCCGAACCCACCUGGCCGCUGCCGAAGCCGAUCUCAAGACUUUGAUUGAGCGAUUCGCCAACGGAACCUCCAGCGAUGAUCUCUGGUCCUCUAUCAACACUAUCUAUGAAGAUGCGGAUAGGGACCCCGAACUCAAGAACUGGUUCAAGUCUGUCGAUUCGUACAUUCGCAAGUGCCUUCAGCAGCAGGGUUACAUCAUGGACGAAGCUUCCAACGAGGAGUGGCACCGUCUAUACGAUCACGGCAACUACCUCCUCCGUGAAAAGUACAGGAGCCACACUGACCGUAUUGUCGACGAAGUCAAGUUUUUGGCCGACCAAUUCGACCAGGACCCGCAGAACAAGGCUUUUGCCAACGCCGUGCAGAAGCUCUUCCUGGACCUCGGCAACGAUGAGAACGGCAAGGCAGCUUUCAAGCCUCACCUCAUCAAGGACUUGACGGAGAUCAUCAUCCCGGCUGCUUUCGAGAGGGUCGCCUACAUACCUAUCCCGCGUAUUGAGUACUCUGACUCCGAGGUCGACGCCGUGGUGGAGAACCUCGUCCUAGAGAGUGACAAUUUUAUGCCAAACGUGCUUGAGGUCGCCAGCGACAACUACUUCCGCUGGGGCCGUAAGAAGAUCGCAAGCACCAACAAGAACUCGAUCGACGUCAAGGUGACGGGAGUUCAGAUGGAUUUGCGUGACGUUAGCUUCUAUGUCAAGCGCAAGCAGGGCUUCCCCUCUAUAACCGACACCGGUGUCGCUAAUAUCCGAAUGGCCGGCGAUGGGUUCUGCUUCCGCUUGAAGCUAUCCACGGCGGAUGACAAGGACAGCCAACACUUCUUCAAGAUCGACAAGGUUGAUGUCGAUGUCAAGAACCUGCAGAUCAAGCUUGUCAAGUCCAACCACAAGAUCUUGUUCGGUCUCUUCAAGCCCGUCAUGCUUAAGGUUCUCCGCCCAGUGAUUCAGAAGACUGCAGAGAAGCAGCUCAAGGAUCAGUUCAACCAGUUCGACCAAUUGCUGUACCAGAUUAAGCAGGAGGCUGACCGUGCACUUGAUGAAGCCCAGGCUGACCCUGAAAAUACACCAAACAUUUACAACCGAUACGUCAAUGCCGCCCAGAAGCAAUUCCUCCAGGGCAAGAAGAAGGCCGAAGACGUUGCGGCGGACAAGAAGGUCAAUAUGGCUGUUACAAAGGAAGAUAGCAUCUUCCCUAGCAUCCAUCUUCCUGGUGGCAUCAGCUCCAAGGCUACCGAGUACAGGGAAUUGGCUCGAAAGGGCGAACAGUGGGAGAGCCCUGUCUUCUCUAUUGGUGCUGCCUCCAAGAGCACUAACAUUCCCGCUGCUCCGCAAGUUACUCGCAAACCUCAUGCUGUCAGUACCAACACUACAAACGGGAGCCACACCAAUGGCAACUACACCAACGGCAAUUAUAUCAACGGCAAUUAUACCAAUGGUAAGGCCGUAAACGGAAAAUUCACUACCACGGCACCCAUUGCACCCGCCACCAACACUGUAACGAUCUAGAGGGCGUAACAUGUGCAAAAGGUGAUUUUUUGGAUACGUCUCAUUUGCCGCUAGCAAUAAGACAAAACAAGAAAAAGGCUAUGGGGGAGGAAAAAGA